CAUCUUCAGUGGGAAAAUCGUUUAUCAGAGCGGAGCAGAAAUGUUCGAUUCCCCGUCCCUUCAAUGCCGUUUCGUCACGAUUUGGCCGUCAGUGCAACACUGUUGCCAUUACAAUUCUCCCAAUUCGACAAAAUUCCGGCCACCCCAUUUCAGUUUCUCUCUUGUCCAUGGCUCUGGACCAAUGGGGUUUCCUGUUUUCGCCAUGAAGAGGUCUGGGAAAGGCGGCAUGUCCCUCACUGAGCAGAGUAAUUCCGACAUUGAGUUCGAUGAUUUUUUCGAUGAGGAUGAGGAUGAUUUCCAGGACGAGGAUGAAGAUGAGAUUCUUUUGCCGUUGAAGAAUACGAGAGAGUGGCAUGGGGCGAGGCCUCGUGGGUUUGGAGAAGGGAAGGCGUAUGAUACUUCGAUUGAAGACAAAUUGCUACAAGAAAUGGAGCAGAGUAGGGAAGCUCAGGCUGCAAAUAUCAAUAAGCUCAAUAAUCAGUCUACUUCUGAGCCCAAGUCUAGUAGAAAUGCCGUAGAGAAAGCAGAGAUUGUUAGUACUGGAGUUCGUGUACGCAUUGUCAACCUUCCUAAAAAAAAGAACAUUCACAGAGACCUGAUCGUGGCUUUUAAAUGGUUUCCUGGAAUAAUCAAUAUAACUCCUGCAGUCAUUGGAAACAAAAAGACUAGGGAUCCAAUCUGCAAGGGUUUUGCAUUUGUUGAUUGCAAGUCUGAAGGAGAUGCCUUAAGUCUUUUGCAGGCAUUUUCUGGACGAUAUCUUACGUUUGGAAGGGUUCAAAAGCAAAUAAAAUGUGAAAUAAUGAACCGAAAAACUUUGAGUUCAACUCGCAAAAGUUCAGUGGGUAGUACGAAUCAUUCUCAAUUAAAUAUUCUUGAGGAGGAAGCAGAACGGUUUGUUGACAUAGACGUGGAUUUAGCCGGUGAAUUCAUGAGAACAAGGAUCGAGGAUAUUGAAGACAGUCUGCCAUAUGUCAGUGAAUUACAUUCGGAUGGUGAAGAUGACAAUGGUGUAGAAUCAAGAACAGAGUCCAAAAUUCAGUCACCAUCCCAAGAGGAAGUAAAUAAAAUUCAUGAACGGGAAGAAAUUCUUGCUCAAGAAAGAGAGGAAGUUGAUAGGGAAAUUUCACCCAUCAAAGGGAAAACUAAGGUUUCAAAGAAGAAGCAACCUAAGGAAAAAGGAGAGAAGAAAUCAUUGAAAGAAAUUCCAGGAUCUGCCAAAAGGUUAAGGAUAAAGGAGAAGGCUGUCUUAACUGACGUGUACUCAAGAUAUGGAAAUAAAUCAGCUUUGGUUUCAAAAGAAGGGAACUAAAGGGAGUGGAUAAUCUCUGAAAUUAAGAACGUAAGAACUUGAACCCAAAAAACUCAGAUGAAAUGUGAUUGAAAUGCAUACACUUCAUUUUCUGGGUGGUGAUUAUACAAAUCAAAUUUGUUCAGUUAGAGGGCCCUUUUAUGGAUUUUGUGAUACAUAAUUCUUGGCCCUUCUAUCAAGGGUAUUGCCAUUUCAAGUCAAAUUCCUGCCAAAAAAAAUAAAUGAGAAUUAUGUUGUUGAAAUAGUUGGAAUCAGCUAUACUAUAGAAAGUAAUUUGGAGUUGAUAACAGUAGAGAGUUUUUUCAAGUUCAUGGUUGUGUUGGGAUAAUGGGUGCCUUUGGUACAUAUUUUUAG